AUGGUUGCAACAACUACAAGCGUCAUCAUGGGCAGGAUCAUAUUGUUUGAGGAGAAGAACUUCCAGGGUCGCUCUUACGAGUGCAGCAGCGACUGCUCCGAUAUCCACCUGCACCUGAGCCGAUGCAGCUCCUGCCGGGUGGAGAAUGGCUGCUUCGUCCUGUACGAUCGCUCCAACUUCAUCGGCAACCAAGUUUUCCUGAGAAGGGGAGAAUACUCCGAUCUGAUGCGUGUUGGGAGCAUGACUGGCGUUGGGGCAGUGAUGAUGGAUACCGUUCGUUCUUGCCGUUUGAUCCCCAUGCACAGGGGACAGUUCCGGGUGAAAAUCUACGAGCUGGAGAAUUUCGGGGGCCAGAUGCAAGAGCUGCUUGAGGACUGCGAGUCACUGCAGGACCGCCUGUACAUGUCCGAUUGCCAGUCCUGCAAUGUGCUGGAGGGCCACUGGCUGCUGUUUGAGCAGCCCAACUUCCGUGGCCGCGUGAUCUACGUGAGACCCGGAGAGCACAGGAGCCUGCGGGAGAGCGGCCUGAGCAACGUUAUGAGAAUCAGUUCCAUUAGACGUAUCAUGGAUGUGUGCUGA